UUUCCCCACCGUGUGCUGACGAUGACGCUCUUUCCGCUGGCGGCGUAGGGUAGCCCCGCUGCAUAAUAGGACGCUAUCCUCCUCGACCGGUGUGCGCCUUUCACCCCGUCACCGGAGAGCUCUCUCCAUCUCCGCCGGCCCCUCCCGUCCAUUUGGCGGCUUCACACGAAGGUCCUCAGUGUCCGUCCGCAUUUCAGAAUCUCUUUCGAUUGGAUUCCUCUCCUCCGUUCCCGGCCAUCGGUACCUCGAACCUGUACUUCUCUUCAUUUCUGGUUUGUUCAUGGUGGAGAUGAUGUCUGACUUGAUGAGUGUGGUGAGAGAAGCAUCUGAGAAUAACACCGAUUCGUCCCCACCUGAUAUCAGCUCUGUUGAGGAGACCCCUGAGGAAACAAUACUAUCGCGACAAACUUCCAUCAACCUCGUUCCAUUUAUUGGACAGAGAUUCGUGUCCCAAGAUGCCGCAUAUGAGUUCUACUGCAGCUUUGCUAAACAGUGUGGGUUUUCAAUUAGACGGCAUAGAACGAGAGGGAAAGAUGGGGUGGGGAGGGGAGUGACGAGGAGGGACUUUACCUGCCACCGUGGAGGUUUCCCGCAGCUAAAGCCUUCUGAGGACGGGAAGCUUCUGAGGAACCGAAAAUCAUCUCGAUGUGGGUGCCAAGCAUUCAUGAGGAUUGUUAAGAGGGCAGAUUUUGAUGUGCCUGAAUGGCGUGUCACUGGUUUCAGUAAUAACCACAACCACGAGCUCCUUAAAACGAAUGAGAUGAGUAGUCAUCCUUCUUCCUGUACCCUCUCUGCUGAUGACAAGAGUCGAAUAUGUAUGUAUGCCAAAGCUGGGAUGUCAGUACGACAAAUGCUGAGACUAUUGGAGCUUGAGAAGGGUGUCAAAUUAGGCUCUCUGCCAUUCACUGAGGUAGAUGUCAGAAAUUUGCUCCAGACUUUUAGGAAUGUAGAUCGCGAUCAUGAUGCUACGGACCUUCUGAAAAUGUGUAAGGAAAAGAAGGAUAGAGACCCCAGUUUCAAGUACAACUUUCAGCUUGAUGCGAAUAACAGGUUGGAGCAUAUUGCAUGGUCUUAUGCUGCUUCCAUCAAAUCCUAUGAGGUCUUUGGAGAUGCUGUGAUUUUUGACACCACCCACUGCUUGGAAGCCUAUGACAUGAUUUUAGGCAUCUGGGUUGGAGUCGACAAUCAUGGAGUGAAUUGUUUCUUUGGCUUUGUGCUUCUAAGGGAUGAGAAUCUGCAGUCCUUUUCAUGGGCACUAGAGACUUUCUUGGAUUUCAUGAACGGAAAGGCUCCGGAGACGAUUUUAACCGACCAAAACAUGUGGCUCAAAGAAGCGGUUGCUCUUCAUAUGCCAAGAACCAAACAUGCAUUUUCCAUUUGGCAUAUUGUCGCAAAAUUUUCUGACUGGUUUUCUCUUCUGCUCGGGCCACAGUAUGACAAGUGGAAGGCUGACUUUCUUCGGCUCUAUAACUUGCAUUGUGCAGAGGAUUUCGAGUUGGGGUGGAGGGAGAUGUGUAACGUGUACGGACUUCAUGGCAAUAAGCACAUCAGUAGCUUGCAUUCUUUGCGUGCAUUCUGGGCUCUCCCCUAUUUAAGGUCUUAUUUCUUCGCGGGAAUGACGAACCCUUCCCAUUCAGAGUCAGUCAAUGCUUACAUUCAACGGUUUUUGAGCGCUCAGUCUGUUCUCAACAACUUUAUUGAGCAGGUUGAUGCCAUAGUUGAGUCCAUUGACGAAGCGGAACCGAAGCAGAAGAUGCAACGGAAAGUUCGCAGAGUGACCCUAAAAACAGGAUCUCCAAUUGAAGCCCACGCUGCAAGUGUUCUGACGCCGUAUGCCUUCAGCAAGCUGCAGGACGAGCUUGUCUGGGCCCCUCAAUACGCAUCCCUGAUGGUGGAUGGCACCUACUUCAUCGUGAGGCACCACACGGAGAUGGACGUGGGUGGAGGGGGUUGCAAGGUCCUCUGGGCCCCGCAUGAUGAGUUCAUCAGCUGCAGCUGCCACCAGUUCGAGUUCUCAGGUAUCCUCUGCCGGCAUGUCCUUCGAGUCUUGUCCACUAACAACUGUUUCCACAUCCCUGAGCGGUACCUCCCACUCCGGUGGCGUAACAGUUGCCCUUCACGGUUGAAUUUUCGGAACACUGAGGAAUAUACUGGAAAAGUGCAGCUCUUGCAUUCUAUGGUUUCAACCCUAAUGUCAGAGUCGACUGAAACUGAAGAACGAUUGGAUGUCGCAUUCGACCAAAUCUCAAUGUUGAUUUUGCGCAUCAAAGAAUAUCCUCCCGGACAUGACCGCGGGCACGAUGAGGUCUCCCACAAUGAUAGUCAAGCAGAUUCAUUGAUUCUUCCCGAGGUUGAAGAUGCUGAUGGUUUGGUUCAUGGGUUUGUCCCUGGCAGCUCGCAUGAUUUGACAACUCUUGGGAGGAUGAAGGAGAGGAGACAGAGAGACAGUGGAAUGGAUAUUUAUCGGAAGCGCAGGAGGUGCUCUGUCCCGUGCUGUGGGCAGCUAGGAUAUGAUGCGUCAAACUGCCCGAUGAUGCAAGGGGAUGACUUGGGAUUCUUAUAGGCGAACCGGUCUUUUUUUAAGAACUAGAGAACAGUAUAGAUAUGACUCCAUAAUUUCAAUGCUGACAGAGGAGAAUUCUUCCUCACCCGAAAGGUGAUUCCGCAAAAUUUUCUCAUAGGACUGGAUGGGCUCAAAGAAGACCGUAUAUCACUGGGAAGUAAAUACCUGCAAAAGUGAGUAUCCUCUUUGGUCCGGUUUCCAGAUUAAUGGAAAAUUCUCGAGUUGGAAUCCAUCUUUUGGAAAGUGAAGCUGUCGUGUCAACUGACUUGAGCAAUUGUUACGGGUCAAUAUUUUCUUCCGCGAAGCAUAUGAAAGAGACGAUGUUUUACA